UCUAAUUUGUAUUUUUAGGCCAUUUUAUCCCUAACCAUUUGGUGUUUGUUUGCGUAUAGUCAGAGCAAUCGAGGAAGAUGGCUUCGCCGGCUAUGGCUUCUUCCACUCAAUUCCUUCACACUUCCUUUCCUCGUCUUCCGAACCUCAGGCUCAAGUACAAUCCUCUCGCUUUUCCCUCGUUUCUCCCUCCUAAACCCACCAUUACUUUCCACUCCAAUCCUCAAUCCAUCCGUCAUUUUCCACUUGUUCGUGGUGCUUUGGUCUCUCCUUCCUCUGCUCUUUCGCCGGAACUGCCCCUUCAAGCUUCCCCAACCUCACCGCCGGAAAUUCUCUCAGGCUCAACCCGUACUCUUGCUACCAUAUUUGCCCUAGGUUUAUCUAUAUCUCGCUUGUGCAUCAAUCUAAUUCAGAAAAUCCCACUCGUUCCUGGGCCGGAGCAGCUUGCUGCAAUUCUGAACCUUCAGAGAAAUGCUAUCUGUGCCGCCGGUCCUCUCUUCUUUGCGUCGUUGCGGGACCGUCCCAGUGGUUAUUUGAACACUCCGCUCACUGUUGUGGCCGCUGGACUCGCCAAGUGGCUCGACAUCUAUAGUGGGGUUUUGAUGGUUAGGGUUUUGCUUAGUUGGUUCCCCAACAUUCCGUGGGAGCGUCAGCCUCUCUCAGCUAUUCGGGACCUUUGUGAUCCUUAUUUGAACUUGUUUCGAAAUAUUAUUCCUCCCGUAUUUGAUACGCUUGAUGUUAGUCCGCUUCUAGCUUUCGCUGUUCUGGGCACUCUUGGCUCAAUUCUCCAUGGCAGCAGCGGCUGAUUGUUUAUAAAGUUUCAGCUAUUCAUCGAGUGGUGAAAUGCUGUAUGCAGAGUUUAUCUUCAAUGUUAGCUUCAUCUUCGAUAUUUUGUAUUUCAUUAUUGUAGGGAUACACUUACCACAAUAAUUUCGUCAGGUUUCAAUAUAUAAAUUUUGAUAGUUUUUGGCAUUAUUUUACUUGAUUAGUUGAUUUCAGAUUGUAUUAGAUUGUAUUCUGUUAUAUGUACUCUGAAUAACAGAUACUUGAAUAUUUCUCCAA